GAGGACUGGAGAAAUAUGGAAGGGGCAAACCUGAGCCAAGAGAUUGAGUUUGAGCUCUUGGGCCUCACCAGGGACCCCCAACUCCAAAGGUUGCUCUUCACGGUAUUCCUGGGCAUGUACACCAUCACUCUGCUGGGAAAUCUGAUCAUGUUCCUUCUGAUUCACGUGAGCACCCCUCUGCAUACACCUAUGUACUCUCUCUUGAAGAGCCUCUCCUUCUUGGACUUCUGCUACUCCUCCACGGUUGUCCCUCAGACCCUGGUGAACUUCUUGGCCAAGAGGAAGGUGAUUUCCUAUUUUGGCUGCAUGGCUCAGAUGUUCUUCUAUGCAGGUUUCGCCACCAGUGAGUGCUAUCUCAUUGCUGCCAUGGCCUAUGACCGCUAUGCUGCUAUUUGUAACCCCCUACUCUACCCACUCACUAUGUCUCCUGAGAUCUGCCUGUCUCUCAUUGUGGGCUCCUACGGUGCAGGAUUUCUCAAUUCUCUUAUCCACACAAGCUGUAUCUUUAGUCUGAAAUUCUGUGGUGCCCAUGUGGUCACUCACUUCUUCUGUGAUGGACCACCUAUCUUGUCUCUGUCUUGUGUGGACACCUCACUGUGUGAGAUCUUGCUUUUCAUUUUUGCUGGUUUCAACCUUUUGAGCUGCACCCUCACCAUCUUGGUCUCCUACCUCCUAAUCCUCAUCACCAUCCUGAGAAUGAACUCAGCCCAGGACAGGUUCAAGGCCUUUUCCACCUGUGCUUCCCACCUCACUGCUGUGUGCCUCUUCUAUGGCACAACACUUUUUAUGUACCUGCGCCCCAGGUCCAGCUACUCCUUGACUCAAGACCGCAUGGUGGCCGUGAUCUACACAGUGGUAAUCCCAAUGUUGAACCCCCUUAUUUAUUCUUUGAGAAACAAAGAUGUUAAGGAAGCUUUAAGAAAGGUUUGGGGCAGGAAAAUAAUGGAAUGA